AUGCCUCCAAAGCUAAGAAAUUCGAAAGGUGUGGCUACAGGUGACAAUACUGAUGAAGAAAAUCAACAGAUCAGCAUAGGCGAUGUUGCCGACUCUUUUAUUCCAUCCGACGUUCCUUUGGGUCGGGCCGAAGUAGCACAGGGUCGCAGACAUGCUCGGCCAGUAUACAGAAAGCCGUAUCUUGACCAUGUCAAUGCUCAUGAGCUGCCUAGAAAUUAUCGGUAUCCCAAUUUUUCUAUGUACAGUGACGAAGAGAAUUUCUCUACGGUGCAGCAUAUUGCAAGGUUCAUUGCACAAUGUGGUGAAGCAGGUCCUAGCCCUUGGUUAAGGAUGAGGUUAUUUUCUAGUUCUCUUGCCAGGGUGGCAUUUGAAUGGUACAGUAAUUUACCGUUACCGAGCAAAUCGGUUGAGACUUUUGUUACCAGGUUCAGAAAGGUUAAACUCAAAUGCCGAGUAAGUUUGCCAGAACCAGAAUACAUCAAGUUGGCAUUGAAUGGUCCAGACAUUGAACAUCGCAAGAGGUUUGAUGGGGUUGAGUUUCAAGAUCUCUUCAACUUAGCAAACAUGGAUUCUCGGUAUGAAAAAAUACUAAAAGAAGAGAAAGAAAGGAAGAAUUCUUUUAAGGGUACUUGGUACAAGGACCCUAAUUAUGAGGUAUUCUCAGCAGAAGUUGGAGAUGAAUUAGAUGUUGACGUUGCAGAAGUCAAUAUCAAAAAGCCAUACGUUUGUGAGGCGUUGGUUAAACCUAAACCGACCACGGGGGGCAAUGCAUCAUCAACAUCAACAUCGGCAGCGAGGAAAGGUCCUGCCGAUACCGGGAAGAAUUAUUCGUUCGACUUAUCAAAAACAGAUCAAAUCUUUGAUCACUUGAUGGCCGAUAAGAUGAUAUUUUUGCCUAAAGGGCAUAGGAUUCCAUCAGCAAGUGACUUGAAAGGAAAAAAAUAUUGUAAGUAUCAUAAUUCUUGGAACCAUGCUACUAAUGAUUGUAUUGUUCUACGAGGUGUAUUACAGAAGGCUAUCAACGAAUGUACUUUAAAGUUCCCAGAGAAAAGUUCAGAGACCAUGAAAGUGGAUACUAACCCAUUCCCCAAGAUCGCAUCUACUAAUGUGAUAAACUUUGCCAAGUGA